AUGCGGUACCUCUGUGUUUUGGUCGCGACGCUCGCCGGCGCGUCGGCGCAGACAACGGCCGCCGCACCGGCCGCACCGCCCGACGCCGUCGCCGCACCGACGCCCACGCCUGUGCCCACGCCUGUGCCCACGCCCGAGCCCACGCCCGCGCCCAUCGUGCCCGCACGAGGCCAGUGCGAGGCGCUGCAGACGCUCUUUGAGAAGACUCGCGGCGCCUCGUGGCACAACAACUCGGGCUGGAUGACCACCCAUGUCAGCUGCUGCAAGUGGCACGGCAUCACCUGCGACGCCGAGGGCUUCAUCACGAAGAUCGAGCUGCCCUUCAACAAGCUUGCCGGCGUGCUUCCCGACGAUAUUG